UGAAAGUAACUCCGUCAGUCUGAGCGGGAGAAAAUGGCUAACACUCAGGAACUGUUCGACUGCUCCAUAUGUUUACAGUUACUGGAGGAUCCAGUGACGACAGCCUGUGGACACAGUUACUGUAUAAAAUGCCUAAAUGCCUUCUGGGAUAGGAAUAAUAACAGAGGAAGAAGUUAUAGCUGCCCUCAGUGCAGGCAGACUUUCCACCCGAGGCCUGAUCUGAAGAGGAACACACUUCUGGCUGAUCUGUUGGAGGAACACAGGAGGGCAACCGGUGCUGCAGCUGGUGACACCUACACUGCACCAGGUGAUGUGCAGUGUGACGCUUGCACGGGGAGAAAAAGAAAAGCUUCCAUGUUCUGUCUCAUGUGCUUGGCCUCUUACUGUGAGACUCAUCUGAAGCCUCACUUUGAGGUGCCACCAUUAAAAAAACACAAACUGAUUCAAGCCUCCGCUAGGAUCAAAGACAGCAUAUGUGGCCGUCAUGACAAACUUCUGGAGGUUUACUGCCACACUGAUCAGCAGUUCAUAUGCCUGCUGUGUCUGAUGGAUGAGCACAAAGGCCACGACACUGUGGCAGUUGCAGUACAGCGGGGUGAAAUGCAGAGACAACUGGAGAGGAAUAAACAAGAAAUCGCAGACAGAGUGAUGAAUUCAGAGAGGAAGAUGGCAGAGCUGAGGCAGGCUGCAGACUCUAUAAAAAAUGCCGCGUGGGAGGCGUGUGACGACUUUGAGCGACGGUGUGCUGAACACAUUCGUUUCUACACCCUUUUUGUGGAGAAGAAGUGCUCUCAGAUGAGAGAGAAAGUUGGAGAAGCAGAGAAAGCUGGAGUGGACUGGACCGACAGUCGUCUCGGGCAACUGACGCGUGAAGUGCUUGAGCUGAGGAGGAGAGAGGAUAAACUCAACCAGCUUUCACAAACAGAGGACCUCAUUCAGUUCUUUCAGGGUUUCCAGGCCCUGGGUGACCUCCCUGCAUUCACAGACUCGCAGGAAAGACCUGACACGCUGACAGAGUUUGUCACUGCACAGAAAGAUAAACUGAAAAAUGUGUGCAACAAAGGAAAGAAUGAAUUAGUCGCUCAUUCUGAAGAAAAUAUGUUGUCAAAACAGCCAACGCUACGUAAGGAAAUAACAUCAAGGACAGACCUGUUCACCAAACGCUCCAAAAUAGAGGUGGAUCCCAACACAGUAGCAGCAUGUCUUUGCUUGUCUGAUGGAAACAGAGAGAUAUCGUGGGGUGGCAGGGACCAGGCUCACCCUGAUAACCCUGACAGAUUCACCUUCAAUCACCAGGCUCUGUGCCAAAAGGGCCUUGAAGGGAGCCACUACUGGGAGGUGGAGUGGGACGGUGGCGUUGUCGAUUUGGCCGUGUCAUACAAAGGCAUUAAAAGAAAGGGUUUGGGCAAAGAGUGCUGUUUUGGCCACAAUGGUCUCUCCUGGAAAUUAACGUGCUCUUCGUCCGGCUGCAGGUUUUGGCACAAUAAUCUUCACAAAGGCCAAAUUCCUCCAGCUCGCUCCCGCAGAGUAGGCGUACACCUUGAUUUUGAAGAAGGAAGACUGGCCUUCUACAAUGUUUCUGACACUGAGACGUUGACGCUGCUGCACCAAAUCCAGACCACCUUCACUGAACCUCUAUAUCCUGGUUUUUCUGUUGAUUUAGGUUCAACACUGAGAAUAUGCAACAUCUGAGCCAGUCCACAUUAAAGACGGUAGCUGCAAGACUGGCUGCCAUUUAUGACUUAAGGAUAGAAAAAAGUAGUGUGUGUGCGUGAGAGAUAUGUAUGCAGAAAUUAGGCAACAUAUAUGGAUGAUUUUGGACUGAUUGAGAAUCUUGAUUAUGAAUCAAAAAGUGGAAAAUGAAAGUUCUUUUAUUAUAUUUUGGCUUUUUUUCCUCUUAAAUGUUGCUAAAAAGCGCAUCAAAAUAUCUUUCUGAAGAGCUUUUCAGAAAUGGCUAAUUACAUUUUAUUGUUAUUUACCAAAUUUAAGGCCAGUGUUCAUAGCAAUGAUAAUAAACUCUAACAGACACAAAACAGAAGAUAAUCUUUAAACUUCAUCCGUUUACACAUGUUGAGUCUAACUUAGAAAGCUUGAAACAGUUAAGAAGAGGGUUCAAAAAAAUAUCUUUUUUCUUUUUAUUACGAGCUAAUCCAACAAACUUUAUAUUGUUUCAUUUGAAACUUUGCUGGUUGAAAACUUUAUUCUGUGCGUUAUGCUUUACAAUGGAAUAAUCCUUAUUCAAGCCUCACAUCAACUGUGAACUUGAAGUUUUUUAGUAAGUUGUAGUCUGAUUUAUGCUAUGAUGAGAGAUGUUGAGUUUACAUGUAGGCUGUGCCACAUGGUGUUAUAGUGUAGUUGUGUCUUUUGUUGUAUGUUGGAGAACUGCAGUGGAAAUAAGUCUUUAAGACUUUUAUGUGUUUUAAUCCUUGAUGAUUGUAACUAGUGUUCUACAUAUUCUGUGUUUUUAAUCAUCAGAAAAUCAACAGUCGACUGACUUUACUUUAAUUUAAUCAAC